CUCUUCCACUUUGCUCGCUGACAUCUAACAGGCAGCCAUGAGUCUCAGUGACAAAGACAAGGCCCUGGUGAAGGCCAUCUGGGCCAAGGCCGAGGGCAAGGCCGCAGAGCUGGGUGCUGAAGCCUUGGGCAGGAUGCUGGUUGCCUACCCGCAGACCAAGACCUACUUCUCUCACUGGGGAGAUCUGAGCCCAGGCUCUGCUAAAGUGAAGAAGCAUGGUGCCGUCAUCAUGGGAGCCGUGGGACAAGCUGUCAAGAACAUCGAUAACCUCGUGGGUCACUUGAGCGGCCUCAGUGAGCUGCAUGCCUUCAAGCUCCGGGUGGAUCCUGCCAACUUCAAGAUCCUGGGCCACAACAUCAUCCUGGUCUUGGCCAUGUACUUCCCCGCAGAGUUCACCCCCGAGGUCCACAUCGCUGUGGAUAAGUUCCUGCAGAAUGUGGCCCUGGGACUGUCUGAGAAGUACCGCUAAACUCCCACCGGCCCAGAAGCUCUGACUGAGAACCAGAAGCAUCCCAAAACCAGCAGCCUUUCAAAUAUGUGGAGGCCUGUUCAAUAAAAAUAAAUUUCAAGAUA